CGAUGGGAGCAGAUGAAAGCAGGCUUAGGCCUAUGUACCACCCAAAAAUUGAGCGUAGGCCUACACCAACGCUCGCCACAGCGAAGGAAAAUACAUGCCGAACCUGUUCCUCAGCACUGCACCCGGUCCAAGGCUCGAAGAGCCAGUCCAGUACAGUGGUGGUGGUGCGUUGCCUCACCUGCCCUGGUAAACCCUUCACCUGUGGAACCUGCCUCUCACUCUGGCAAGGUACCCCUGGAGAUCCUAUGAGCCACUGCCCCAACAAGAAGUGUGCCGUGGUGGGUACCCUUCUCACCUGCGGCCUGAUCACCACUCCAGGGAGCCUAGUCAAUGGAUGCCCACAGCUCCGUGCAUGCCCAAAUUGCUACAGCCUGAUCAUGCACGACGGUACAGGCUGUAACAAUGUCGACUGUCCGAACUGCGGUUACUCCUUCUGCUACAUCUGCCUGAGGAGCAGUUUAGAGUGCCGUUCUUAUCAUUGCUCUAUAGACACAACUAGGCGACAGUGGUUCAGCACAUGAAAAGACAACUAUUGAGGGACUGAUCAUCGAUUAUCAGAAUCACAGAGUUGCCACUCAUCUUGUCACCUGUCUAUAAGGCCUACUUUUUCUUUCAGUGUAAAGAUAUUUUUUUCUACACAAUCAUAUGUAGGAGGGAUGUGAUGCACAUACCCCUGACAGCUCAAUGUUGGCAAAGAUCGCAAGCAGAUGAAGGGCAGUGGUUGGGCAUAUGUUGGAAAUGGAACUUGAACUACCUGCAUUUUUCAUCUGCUUGAGAUACACCACAUUUUAUCAUUGGUUCACACAGCCUUUUUCUGUACUUCUUCCACACUUUCUGAAACUGUGAAUGAGAUUGAAUGACUUCAUGUAUACUGCUUUCCCUAUAGGCCUACACAGUGACACACCCUAGCCUAGGGCUGAGAUUCCCCAAAACAUUUAACUAGUACUUGAGUAAGUCUAGUACUUAAGUAUGAAGUGCCCCCUAGGCAAUAUAUUACAUCACUAAAAAUGUAUAAAUACCGGGACAAUCAUUUUAUAGGCCUAUAUACAAUAUUUUUUUCUCGCACAUGCAAAUAAAAUGCUUGCGCAAGGUGCAUAUGUGAAGUAAAAUAGUGUAUGUAUGAACUUUUAGUGAUGAUGUUUUUGAUAUAUGUCCGUGUACAGUAUGUAUGCAGUUUACAUGUGGGAUGUAUAAGCUCUGUA